AUGGGUCUUGAGAAAAAGCCCAUUGAUCUUAUCCUCAUCCAUUUGGUGUUUGCAAAUACAAUUAUUAUUUGUACCAAUGGGAACAACGUUAUAAACAAAAUUUCCAGUUACCAAAAUUUCAUAAGUGAGGCUGGUUGCAAAGUGGUGAUUUACGUGGGGAGGGUGGCCCGGGGCCUCUCCAUCUGCGCCACCUGUCUCCUCAGCGUGGUCCAGGCCAUCACCAUCAGCCCCCAGACCUCGCCCUUCAAAAAGCUCCAGCCCAGGUCUUCAUGGCAAGUGCUUCCCUGCCUUCUGCUCUUCUGGGUCUUCAAUGUCCUGGUCAGCUCUAACCUGCUCCUUUACAUCACCACAGUCCAGAGCUCCAACAGCUCCGAACUUAGACCAUACAUUAAGUACUGUGACAUGCUCCCCUCUGGGCAAACAGUGAAGUGGCUUUUCCUCACGCUGAUGGCUGUGCGGGACAUCGUGUUUCAGGGGCUGAUGGGCUGGAGCAGCGUCUACAUGGCCUUCCGCCUGUGUCAGCACCGUAAGCGCGUCCUGCACCUGCACACGUCCAGGCUGCCAGGAAAUGCCAGCCCGGAGAUGAGAGCUGCUCAGAGCAUCCUCAUGCUCAUGGCCUGCUUCCUUUUCUUCUAUUGGGCAGAUUUCCUUUUCUCCUUCUACAUUGGCUCAUUCAGGGUCAAAAAUUACUCAGUUUUGUUUGUGCAAAUAUAUCUGACCUCUGGUUAUGCGAGUCUCAGCCCCUUUGUGCUGCUGAGCAGGGAAGUCCGCGUAGAUGAACACAUUAAAUUAAGCUCCAGAGGAAAAAACUUUGGGAACCAAAAAGCUUAA